AACAAAAACGAAGCGAUUAGACGAAUUCUAAACUGAUGCAUUGAAAACUUGAAGGCAUUGUUAUUUUAAAAUAAUUGUUAAUCAAAUUAGUAGAAAAAUAAUUAAGCAACACAAUAAACUGUAAUGUUAUCAAGGUAGUAGAAGCUCAAUGUUAGUAUACUUGUUAUAAAAUAAAAAUAAAUUAUUGUCAAUAACAAAUGCGUAAAUAAGUGAAUCAUCAAAUUUUUAGAUAUAUUUUUUGAACGUUAUUUUUGUUAUGAUUUAUUUUUCUAUGUGAUAAUAAGUACCUCAUUAGUAAUAAAUUGGUAAAAAUGACGUAAAGACGAUGAAGACAAAUACUUUGUUUUUAUAGCUACCAUUCCUGAUUCAAAGACAUAAAUAACAAACAAAAAAAUUUCUUUUAUGAGCGCAAUUGGUUAUCAUCUAAAUUCACGAGACUGCCAUUUACAAAGGAUUUUUCUUGAAUUUCUUAUAAUCUAUUUUAUAUAAAUAAAGUAGUUCAUUUAACAAAAAUAUGUUUAUUUUUAAAAAGAUAAAUCUUAACAUGUGUCAGCCCGUUUUUUUAAACAUGACGUUAUUAUUUUUUGUACACUGCUUCCGUCUAUCAUAGGCAGUGUUCCCAAACGUACGAUAUUUUCGUAUAUUUACUAUUUUCUGUUUUGUACAUUACUAGUAAGCGAAAAAAGACAAUUUUGAUGAUUCGAAGGGGAAAUGUGCCCCAAAGCCAAUGAUGCCAGCCAUUCGCUGUCACCUGUAUCACCUCGUUAUCGACUGUUCCUUACUAUUCUUAAGUUUAUAAAGUGGGUGAAUGGUCUGAUUAGUAUUUAUAACGUUUUAUAAAUUUUGAAAGCGGUAUUUUCAAGUGUGUUAUAGUACAAUGAGCUUUAGAAAAAGAAGAAACAGUUGCCGAGAAACAUAAAAGUUUCGCAAUCAAUGGUUCAGGCUUUUAAGGAAUGGCUUUAGUCGGCAAAUGAACCUUAUAAGGCUAAACGCCGUUUUAAGCCCGUUUUAAGCCCUAACUCGGCCUUCAGCGAAUAAAAAAUAGUCGAACGAGGCCAGAUAAUGACAAUUUGGUUGGUGCUCGAUCUCUGUGAAGCCACAUUCGUGUACAGUAGCCUUGGGAAGCGAAGUACUAUGGACUGGAGGAAUGUCAUGAAGCAAGCACACACAUCCGCUAAUUUUGCCGCGCCUUUUUUUUAAAUAAUUUUCUUACGUAACAGCCUUAUUACGUCAGAGUAAUAUGCGGUGUUGACAGUUAUAUUUAAUUCCUUUAAGUCAAAUAUAGGAUACCCUCACACGCACCUUUGCUUUUUUUGGCACGGGCCCUUCUUUCCGUUGCAACUCAAUGGAAUCUUUUUGGAUGUCGGAUCAUAGAAAAAGACCAUAACUUCUGCACUCUUUACAAUGGAUGCGAUCAAGCUUUCUUGAUCCUCUCGGCAAAGCUCUAAAAAUCAUUCACAAUUUUCUACUCGACGCUGCUUUUGCAUUGUGCUGAGGCACCCAUCUUGCACUUGUUUUGGAAAUGACGGUGUGUGUUGUAAUUUCUUUUGUUUUUAGGAGCCGGUAAUUUUCUAUACUAAUUUAAGUUUUUUUGGAGUAGUCACAGGACCUCCCGCACGUGGAUAAUCUUUUAAUGAUUCUCGUUCCCAGCGAAACAGCUUAGAACUAUUUUUAAUUGUUGAAAAUGAUGGAUACAAGCCAUCGCAAUUUGAGAAACUUUUCAAAAUAACGUGACUGAGUGGUCAAACGAACUAUCUAUAAUAAAAUGGGUCGAACCAGCAAGUUUAAACUUUGUGUAAAGACUUAUCACUGACUUGUAGACACAUUAUUACUCCUUCUCAAUAAAUUUGUUUCGGGAAAGGAUAAAUUGCUUAAUUACUAAUUUGGCAAAUAAAAAUUAUCCUGCUAGUAACAUAAUUUUUCAAGAAGGUCUUAUUUACCCUCAACAAGGUAGAGCUCCACCACAUUACUGUCUUCCAGUUAGACAGUGGCUAAAAGAGAGACACACAUAGAGGAGCGAUAGAAUGGCCACCAAGAUUUAGCGACUCCAUUGCAUUGCAUUCAGUUUUUAAAAUUUAGUUGAAAAAAUACAACCCCAGAUUUAAACGAUUCGAAAGACUCGUGAGAAUAUUAAGAAAAAAACUUUAUUUCUGUUUAGAAAGUAAUAACGAAAAAUAUUUUAAAAAUCUAAUAAAAUUUAAUUACUUUUCAUAAUUUUCUUAUUGUAAAAUAUAACCUCACAUUUCCAUUUGAGAUUGUAGGGUUUGCAUCGUUCCCAGUUCAUGUGUUGAAGUAAUUUAAUUAAUCUACAAACAAUCCCUCUUGAAAUAAGUUUAACGUGCAUUUGUAUAUUUUAAAAUUUUGAAUAUAGAGUGGUAUGUUCAUAUAUCAUUUAGACACUCUGUAUAAAAUUGUUGAUGGAUUAAAUUUCAUUAUGUGUGUUUAAUUUACAUAAAAAAUAUUGGCAUUAAAAAGAAAAUAUUCAAUAGUAACCGUGUUGUGUUGUUUAUCUCUAAAAUGAUAGUUAAAUAACAGAUUGUGUAUUGUGGAAGUUCAGUAGAUUAUGAGAAGGUAUCGCGGUGACUAUAAUCGUUGCUAUAGUAACGCGUUAUUCCGCCGAACACUUGUAUUCAAGGUUAUAGAUCAACGACACGAGCAUGUUCUCUAAACACGACAUAUUAGAUCAUUUUAUAGUUAGAUACCCAAACGUAUUGCGAGACAACAAUAUAUCAGAUGAUUGGAAAGAUCUACUGCAUGAAGUUUUUGUAGAAAACGAAACCGUUUUACAAGAUUUAAAUAAAUUUUUAGAGACUAUUCCAGAAGAUUCUUUACUUCCAAUUCGUUCUAAUAUAUGGUCGUUUACUCGGUAUUGUAAACCGGAAGAAGUGAAAGUUGUAAUAGUUGGUCAAGAUCCGUAUGCUACUAGAGGAUGGGCUCACGGUUUAGCAUUUAGUGUUGAAAAACAUAUAAAAAAAAUACCACCAUCACUAAGAAAUAUUUUGAAAGAAGUAAAGAUUGAUAUUGGAAAUUCAAAAUAUGCAAAAUCUUUGAAAUCGUUUCCUUCUAAUUAUGGAUAUUUGGAACAUUGGGCUAAACAAGGAGUUCUACUAUUGAACAGCGUUCUCACUGUAACAGUCGAUAACAGUAAAUCGCACUCAAACAAAGGUUGGGAGACUGUGAUUUCUAAACUUAUCGUCAAAUUACAAAUUGUAAUAAAUACCCAAGAGAAGUUUUUAAUAUUCAUGCUGUGGGGCAACGACGCUAAAAAAAUGGAAGAAUUCGUGAACAAGAAACAAGGGAAUAAAGUCUUACUUGCCGGACAUCCUUCUCCAUUAAAUCGACUCCAAAGUUUUCUAGGAUGCCGACAUUUUUCGAAAACCAAUGAUAUACUCACAUCAGUUGGCAUGAAUCCAAUAGAUUGGUCAUUAACGUAAUUGAAAUACUUGAUUCAUUUGUAUUUAUUUGUAAUAUACGUGUUUCAAAGGCUACAAA